AUGUAUCGAGAGUCAUCCUACGGUCGUUCCGACAACCACCACUACGACAGCAACCACAACGUCGACAAUCCCGACAACCACACCAUCUACAACGACCACAACGACGGCGCCUAUCGCUACGACGACCAUACCUUAACGCCUGACGAAUCUAGACGGGUACCUCCAGUGUCUAUCUUCAGACCUUAUCUCCAACGUAUACGGUUUGGACCUUAG